UCUGUGGGGAGCAGCCCUGGAGGCUGGAGCAGCCACCAUGGCCCAAGGGCUGGAGGUUGCCCUCACAGACCUCCGGAGCUCCUGGAACAAUGUGUACCAUCACACCGAUGACAUCAGUGUGGACCACCUCCUUGUCCGCAGAGGCCAGGCCUUCAGCAUCAUCCUGUACUUCAGGAACCGCGGCUUUCAGCCAGGCCUGGACAACAUCAUCUUUGUGGUUGAGACUGGACCCCUGCCAGAUCUGGCCAAAGGGACUCGGGCAGUGUUCAGCCUGGGAAAUCAUGGAGGCCCUAGCCCCUGGAUUGCCUUGCCAGAGACCCCGGGGCCCACCUCCCUGGAAGUGAGCCUGUGUGCCCCACCCAUGGCAGCUGUGGGUCGGUACCUGCUGAAAGUGCACAUCACCUCCUUCCAGGGAUCUGUCACAGCCUACAAGCUUGGGGAGUUCAUCGUGCUCUUCAAUCCCUGGUGCCCAGGGGACGCUGUCUACUUGGACAGUGAGCCCCAGAGACAGGAAUAUGUCGUGAAUGAUUACGGCUUCAUCUACCAGGGGAGCAAAAACUGGAUCCGCCCAUGCCCAUGGAACUAUGGACAGUUUGAAGAGAAUAUCAUAGACAUCUGCCUGGAGCUGCUAGACAAGAGCUUGAACUUCCAGAUAGACCCAGCCACAGACUGUGCCCUGCGGGGAAGCCCUGUGUACGUCAGCAGAGUGGUGUGUGCCAUGAUCAACAGUAACGAUGACAAUGGGGUGCUCAAUGGGAACUGGAGCGAGAAUUAUGUAGACGGUGUCAACCCUGCCGAGUGGACGGGCAGCGUGGCCAUCCUAAAGCAGUGGCAUGCCGCUGGCUGCCAGCCAGUGCGCUAUGGGCAGUGCUGGGUCUUUGCUGCUGUCAUGUGCACAGUGAUGCGGUGCCUGGGGAUCCCCACUCGAGUGAUCACCAACUUUGACUCUGGCCACGACACUGACGGGAACUUGAUCAUAGAUGAGUACUAUGACAACACAGGCAGGAUUUUGGAGAACAAGAAGAAGGAUACCGUCUGGAACUUCCAUGUCUGGAAUGAGUGCUGGAUGGCCCGGAAGGACCUCCCCCCUGGAUACGGAGGCUGGCAGGUGCUGGAUGCCACCCCUCAGGAGACCAGCAAUGGCCUCUACUGCUGUGGCCCUGCCUCAGUCAGAGCCAUCAAAGAAGGGGAAGUGGAUCUGAAAUAUGACACACCCUUCGUGUUCUCCAUGGUGAACGCUGACUGCAUGUCCUGGCUGGUCUACGGAGGGAAGGAGCAGAAGCUUCACCAGGACACGACUUCCGUGGGCAAUUUCAUCAGUACUAAGAGCAUCCAGAGUGAUGAGCGGGAUGACGUCACGGAGAGCUACAAGUAUGGAGAAGGUUCCCCCCAAGAAAGGCUGGUGUUUCAGAAAGCCCUCCAGAAGCUGAAGUCUGGGAGAUUCCAAGGUACCUGCCGAGCUGAUUCACAGCCCUCCAGGCCCAUGUCACGGAGCUGGAACAGCCCUUGGAGCCUGGAUACACCUUCCCUUCGACCCAGUGAUGUUGUCCAAGUCUCUCUGAAAUUUGAGCUACUUGACCCACCCAACAUGGGCCAGGACAUAAACUUUGUCCUGAUGGCCCUCAACAUGUCAUCCCAGAUCAAGGAUCUCAAAGUGAACCUGAGCGCCCAGUCACUGCUGCAUGAUGGUAGCCCCCUACCCACUUUCUGGCAGGACACAGCUUUCCUCGUCCUGUCUCCUGAAGAAGAGAGGACCUACCCCUGCAAAAUCCCCUACACCCAAUACAGCCAGUACCUGUCAACGGACAAGCUAAUUCGCAUCAGUGCCCUGGGUGAAGAGAAGAGCAGUCCUGAGAAAAUCCUGGCGAACAAGAUCGUCACCCUGACUUAUCCAGGCAUCACAAUUAAUGUUCUAGGAGCAGCUGUUGUGAACCAGCCCCUCGCCAUACAAGUGAUAUUUUCAAACCCCCUCUCAGAGCCUGUUGAGGACUGUGUGCUGACCUUGGAAGGAAGUGGCCUCUUUAAGAAGCAGCAGAGAGUCCUCAUUGGAGUCCUCAAACCCCAUCACAGAGCCACCAUCACUCUGAAGACUGUCCCCUUCAAGAGUGGCCCAAGGCAGAUCCAGGCUAACCUAAGGAGCAACAAGUUUAAGGACAUCAAAGGCUACAGGAAUAUAAAUGUAGACUUCGCAUUAUAAAUUCAGGGACAUCGCUUCUCAGCCUUUUGGCUAAGAUCAAGUGUAAAUUCUGAGACAGUGAGAUUUCAAACUUCAAGUUCAAAUGUAUGCUAUGCUUUUCCCCCAACCACAAAGGAAGAAUCUGGUAAUAGCUCAUGUCCUGGCCAUCCGCACUGCACCCCC